CUUUGAAUCAGAAUAAAAAGUGCAGCAAACUUCAGACUCAUUGACUGGAGGCUUAACAAGCGCCGGGGCUUUUCUUCUUUCCGCAGCUUGCAAGGAUCUCUGUUUUUUGCCAAACAAUUCUGAGAAAACAAUGGCCAGCUUCUACGUGUGGGCAACUUUUGGAUUAUGUUUGCUGAAGCUUUGUCUAACAGAGACACAAUUCAAUGUAAGUUGCAGAUAUAGAGGAGUUUUUCAUGUGGAGAAAAAUGGUCGCUACAGUCUCACACGAACUGAAGCAGCUGACCUUUGCAGAGCUCUCAAUAGUACCUUGUCAACACUAGAACAGUUGGAAAAAGCUCAUGAACUUGGAUUUGAAACUUGCAGGUAUGGUUUUAUAGUGGGGCAUAUUGUUAUCCCACGAAUCAAUCCCUAUCAUCUUUGUGCAGCAAAUCAUACUGGAAUUUAUAAACUUUCAGCAAAUACAACAGGCCGUUAUGAUGCGUAUUGUUACAAUGCAACAGAAAUAAGGGACAAAGCAUGCGAGCCAAUUGAAAGAAUAGACACUUCUUUUCUCAAUAACCAGAGUGAAAUAGUCAUUGACAAUGAAGAUGGCUCACGUUAUAAUGCAGAUGGCACACGUCAUAGCGGAGACUCCUCAACCUCAGGUGUGGAUGAUGAAAAUGUAGGUAGUGGAUCAUCACAUGACACAACUCCAGUGGAUACCUCCAUCAGGAGAUCCAGUCCCUCAUAUUAUGGAAGUGUUACUCCAGUCUCACAUCUGUCAGAUCAUUCUUCUGGAGGAGGUGAAAAGGAUUUUCCUGUCAAAAAUUCUGAUGAUGAAAUUUCUCCUACAUCAACUGAUAUCUCUUUGGUGACGGGAUUUAAUGAUUUUGCCAAAGAAGAUGAUGAAUGGCAUCCUGGAAGUACUAGAUCUACAUCCAUUAUAGAUGGUGAUCACGGAUCACGCCAGGGAACUGUUGAACCCACUCCUAACGCUGGAGAGAACGCAACAACGACAAUAACGUCACAAGAAAGGUUAGCCAGUGUACCAGAAUGGCUGAUCAUCGUUGCUGCUCUCUUGGCACUGGCAUUGAUCCUCGUAGUGUGCAUCGCCGUCAGCAGUCGGAGGAGAUGUGGGCAGAAGAAAAAGCUCGUGAUCAAUAAUGGCAAAGGUGCAGUGGAGGACAGGAAGACGAGUGAAUUAAAUGGGGAUGCCAGCAAAUCACAAGAAAUGGUGCACUUGGUUCACAAAGAACAGUCAAAUGACCGAACAGGAGCAUCUGACGAAUUCCUCACCAUUGACGAAACACAAAAUCAUCAGGAGCUGAACAUGAAGAGUGGAGUGUAAUGGUACCGACUCACCAAGUAGAUCAGAGCUGGGGAAAUCAAAAUCACAUGGAACUUGGGCCAGAAUUCACAGAUGCACUGUGCUACUGAUGUCUUUUGAACACAAUUAAACUUAAGUUGUCUUCAUUUUUAAUCAUUUUUAAAUGAUGUCUGAGUUACAAAAUUGACAUUUGCUAUCUGAAAUAAGCCCCAAGAGUUGCAUAAAUUCGUCAGUUCCCCAUUCCUACACAGAGGACACUUACUGUGUCCUGGGUAUAUCAUUGAUCCCCAGAUACAGUGUCUUCGCUGUGCGGAGCUACAGAAGUAUCCAGUUGCUCCAUCUUACAGGUGUUUAAGGUACUAAACUUGUCAUGGUACAAGAGUAAGCGAGCAACAAAUGUCAAGAGCAAAAAAAAAAAAAAAAAAAAAAAGCUUAAACCAAAAAGGCCUCCUAUACAAUGUCUAAAACAGCAGAAUCCAUCAGAAAUGCCUUACAGCCAGGAAGAGCAGUAGGUGCAUCAAAGUCUGCCAGUAAAAUCAAAAAGUGACAUUUUAUAAUGAUUUACGAUUUAUUCUGUAACAAGGAAAACCCAGAAGGACAAAGCUUAUUUAUCAUUGUUUUAAAAUGUCUGUGGGCAUACAGCAAGUCUUUUUGGGAGGGGGAAUAAAGAGAUGAAAACGAGCUGAUAUAUAAUAAAUAUAAUUACUUUAUUAUCUUAACAAUCUGUACAGUUAUCCUUGAGUUUUUGAAGAGUUAUCCUUGAGUUUUUGAAGUGUUCAUUGCUCUUCCCCCUCCCUCCUUCACUGGUCCCAGUUUGUGUAUGUUUUUAAUGAGUCUGUUAGUUAGUAUAAUUAAUAAAACAGAAUGACCCCAGCUCUAUUGUGCAUGCACAAAUCAAGGAAUUUGAAAUCAUCAGCAAUGAUGACAGUAUUUUUAUUCCUGAAGAACAGGUCUUCACCUUCCCCUGCUCAAUUGUAAUUAGGAGAUGCUGAGCCUAGUAAAGCUUGUUUCCCCUGUAAUUGUUGCGUUACACCAGUUUGCUGAUAUUUUAAAAGUUACCUUUCUAUGAUCUCACUCACUUCUGAAUUCUAUUUCCUCCACGUUUUAUUUCUUCUUUUUAAAAAUACCAAAACAAAUACUGCUUGUUUACUGGUACCAGAAGUUGAAAUUCUACAGAAAAGAUCAAAGAGAUUUAAAGGAAACUCUCCCAGCAAUGUAAUAUAGUAAAAUAUGUGCAGCUGCAUUGUCAUAUGCUUUUGUCAUUGUAUGUCUAUUAUGUAAAGUAUUUGUAUUAAGCUAUGAUGCUGUGCAUUAUAUUGAUAUGAACUGCCAGAAAGAAAAUUAUUUACUACCA